AUGGCUUAUUUGGUGCAGAUACUACGCAAGUUUCUUCUUCCAUUUUAUCUGUUCUUUGUGCUGUUUGUUCUACCUCUAUUACUCUCUCAGUUCUUUGAGCCACUCCAUAUGCAAUACUACUUUAACUUCUGCAUGAUCGAGAAGAGUUACAUGUUCAUUCUCGUCAAUGUCCUUGUAGCUUUUAUAAUUCUGUAUUCUACUCUAUUCAAUGCAUCUUCAACAACCACUCAUGAUAGCAUUGAACAUGUCGUCAACAACGAUGGCGGUGGUCAGUGGUUAGAAUACAUUGCAUCCGAAUCUGCGAAUGAUGCUGAAAAUGUUACAGAAAGUGAAUCAACAAAAGAGGAGGAAAAAACUUUGAUGAUAUCUUAUGAGCCAGAUAAAAUGAUGAUUUCUGAUGCAAAAGAAGAUAAAGAGGAGGAAAAUUCUCUUAUGAUCAUUGAUGAAGAUCAUGAGACACAAGAAUUGAACAAGAAAUGUGAGGAUUUUAUAAAAAAGAUGAAAGCAAAGUUCUGUUCUGAGGCAAGAGCUUAUUAUUAUGGUUAUCAUCAUAAAUCUCUUGUCCUUGUUAAUUAA